AUGAUAAUCUCAUUAAGACUUAUAAGAUUAGCUAUUACACAAGAUUUUAUGUUACCAAGUGAAAAUUCUAUUGGUGAAGUUGAAAAAUCUGAUUUUAUCUAUCUUUCAAGGCCUUCUAAAGCUGAUAAUAAGGAAUUGGUUAUUGUUACUAUGCCCUUUAUGUUAUUAAAAAUACUCAAUAAACAGCUUCAGUAUAUUUUAGAGGUGCCUGUUAUUCCAGACUAUCUACUGCUAAUUUCAAAUAAAGAUCACUUUUGGUUAUGGCAAGAUUUUGAAGUCCUUCAUGGAUAUUACCAAAGGGCAUAA